CUUGAGAGAGAGAGAGAGCGCGUGCACAUGGAGAGCUCAAUGUUGCAGGGAUUGAUAUACCCACCGACACCAAUCGUAACGAUAAUGUCUGCGAUAACAUUGGCGUUCUUAGGGAGCAAUGGGAUCGCUGAAAUGAGAGGAAAACAAUUGCAGUACUCCAAGUUCUGGAACGUCGGGCCUCGAAAAUCUACGUUCAAGGUUUCCGGAAGAACAGGCAUGUUCAUGGCUUAUUCUCCGGCGUUUCUAUUCGGCCUCGCCUCUUUCUUCCUUUUUCCGAACGGGGGUUUCAGGUUUAUGUUGGUUAAAUCUGCUCUUACCAUCCAUUUCUUUAAGAGGACCCUUGAGGUGCUCUUUGUCCACAAAUACAGCGGUUCGAUGUUUGUCGACGUAGCAACUAUGAUAUCUCUCAGCUAUUUCACCCAAACAGCACUCAUGAUAUACGCCCAACACCUGACCCGAGGGCUCCAGGAGCCCCUGGUUGACCUAACAUACGUCGGAAUCGCGAUUUUCCUCGCGGGGCUAAGUGGUAAUUUCUACCACCAUUGCCUCCUUUCUAGGCUGAGGAGCGAGGGUAACAAAGAUUACAAGAUUCCAAAGGGGGGCUUGUUCAAUUUGGUGAUAUGCCCACACUACCUCUUUGAGAUUCUAGGGUUUGUGGGAGUCUCUUGCAUUGCUCAAACGUUGCAUGCAUUCUCCUUUACUAUUGGCUCAGCUGUGGUCUUGAUGGGGAGGAGUUACGGCACUAGGAAAUGGUACCUUUCCAAAUUUGAAGACUUUCCCAAGGGUGUCAAGGCUGUCAUUCCAUUUGUGUUCUAGAGGGUCCGAAUAAAAAAAAUAAGGAUUUUAAUU